GUGUCCCAGCCGUGUCCCUGCCACGCCACGAUGCCACCCCCACCCCUCAGUGUGACACACCAAAGGCAGACGCUGCUCUCCCGCCGUGUGUCCAUGCCAUGUCCCUGGUGUCCCCACGCCGUGUCCCUGUCCCCACAGGCAUCCACUACGUGGGGCAGCUGCACGAGGGGAGCCUGCUGCGGGUGGCCCUGGACCAGGUGACAGAUGGGCAGCUCUGCUGGCACCGCCUGCCCGACCCCUACGACGAGGUGACCCUGGGACCCCAGCGCUACCUGCUGCGCUCGGGCAAGGUGGCCUUUGUCACCGCGCUGGAGGAGCAGUUCCCCGCCGAGAAGGAGGCCAUCAGGGAGUUCAUGAAGCUCUCCAAGGUGGCCUCGCGGCACGCGGCGCUGCUGGCCCUGCUGAAGCUGUCCCCGCGCUGGCUCGUCACCCUCGUGCUCCGCUCGGGCCUCCUGCCCCGCCUGUCCCCCGUGUUCCGCAUGGCCACCACCAGCCACAGCCAGGCCGCGGCCCGGCUCACCUCCAACCCCGACCUGCGCGCCCUGCUCGGAUACCUCUUCUACGGUCAGGGAGGGGCUGUCGCGACAGGGACGGGCUGUCGCGACAGGGAGGGGCUGUCGCGAUAGGGAGGGCACCAGGCGGAGGCGGAGGGUGGCACUGCAGCGGUGGAGGCUGUGUCGCGACGGGGGUGGCACCGUCACGAUAC